CAGUAACCCUCUGGGACCCGCCCCCUCCUGUUGUCUCACUAGCUGUCCGCCAGAGGGCGCCGACUCCCCUGAGAAGCGGCGGCGCCAUUCCGGAGUGUGAGAUACCGCCAGAUGGCGGCUUAGGAUUGCUGCUCUCUGCCAGGCGCGGCCCGGGGUUAGCCACAUUAUUUUUUAUUAUUAUUUUAUAUUUAUUGCACCCCCUGUGAUACCCUGGACUUAAUGCUAAUAACAAGAACACAAGUGUAAAUAGGAAACAGCCCUGUGGUGCUGAGUGGCGACAGCGGCCCGGGCCUGGCUAUUAACCCUCUGUCGCCGGAUCCUUUGUGCACCUCUCGCUUCAUUCUCUUGUGAGCCGCUCAGGACGGAGCUGGACACGAGGAGGAGGCUGGGCUCGGGAUGUCCACUGGAGUGUAUGUAAUGUAGCUCUUCACAUCCGACAGAUGAAGUUUUAUCCUCAUGGAAUUAACGAUUCAUCAGUGAGACGCCUCUAACGUUUGAACUUGCAUUUCAAAACCAGCCGUUUCAGAACAAACCUCUGUUGUGGAACAGCAAAAAUGAUCACCUCAGAGUUGUCAGUCCUUCAGGACUCUACAAAUGAAUCUGCUGUUAUGCACACAGACAUGACUGCGGUUAGCGCUGAUCUGAGCACUGAGCUUGUUGAAGAUCUCGAGGUGAAAGGAAAGAGGAAAAGAGGCCGCCCAGGAAGGCCACCGUCUGCAAUUAAGAAACCCAGAAAAACACCUGGCGAUCGCAGCCGUGCCGAACCAGGAUCCAGAGGCCGUGGAAGAGCAAAUGGACACCCCCAGCAAAACGGAGAAGGUGACCCUGUCACCUUGUUUGAAGUAGUGAAAAUGGGGAAAAGUGCUAUGCAGGCUGUAGUUGAUGACUGGAUUGAAUCAUAUAAACAAGACAGAGACAUUGCUCUUCUGGACUUGAUAAACUUCUUUAUCCAGUGCUCUGGAUGCAAAGGUACUGUAAGAAUUGAAAUGUUCAGAAAUAUGCAGAAUGCUGAAAUAAUCCGGAAAAUGACAGAAGAGUUUGAUGAGGACAGUGGCGAUUAUCCCCUCACUAUGCCAGGUCCUCACUGGAAGAAGUUUCGCUGCAACUUCUGUGAGUUCAUCAGUGUUCUGAUCCGACAGUGCCAAUACAGCAUCAUUUAUGAUGAGUACAUGAUGGACACAGUCAUUUCACUGCUGACAGGUCUGUCAGACUCGCAGGUCCGAGCCUUCAGACAUACAAGCACACUCGCUGCCAUGAAGCUGAUGACGGCGUUGGUAAAUGUGGCUCUGAACCUGAGCAUUCACCAGGACAACACCCAGCGGCAGUAUGAAACGGAGAGAAAUAAGAUAAUUAACAAAAGGGCCAAUGAAAGGCUGGAAUUGCUUCUGCAGAAACGCAAAGAGCUUCAAGAAAAUCAAGAUGAAAUUGAAAAUAUGAUGAAUUCUAUUUUCAAGGGAAUAUUUGUUCACCGAUAUAGAGAUGCAAUUGCUGAGAUCAGGGCCAUCUGCAUUGAAGAAAUCGGGGUAUGGAUGAAAAUGUACAGUGAUGCUUUCCUAAAUGACAGCUAUUUAAAGUACGUUGGUUGGACGCUUCAUGACCGGCAAGGUGAAGUAAGAUUGAAGUGUCUGAAGGCCUUGCAGAGUCUGUAUACCAACAGAGAGCUGUUCCCCAAAUUGGAGCUCUUCACUAACAGGUUUAAAGACCGGAUAGUCUCCAUGACUCUCGAUAAGGAGUACGAUGUUGCCGUUGAAGCCAUCCGCCUUGUCACACUUAUUUUACAUGGAAGUGAAGAAGCCUUGUCCAAUGAAGACUGUGAAAAUGUUUACCACCUUGUGUACUCCGCACACCGGCCUGUAGCUGUAGCGGCUGGAGAAUUUCUUCAUAAAAAAUUAUUCAGCAGACAUGAUCCACAAGCUGAAGAAGCCUUGGCCAAAAGGAGAGGACGAAGCAGUCCAAAUGGAAACCUUGUGAAGAUGUUGGUUCUUUUUUUUUUAGAAAGUGAGUUACAUGAGCAUGCUGCUUACUUAGUGGAUAGUUUGUGGGAAAGUUCUCAGGAGCUUCUCAAAGACUGGGAAUGUAUGACGGAGCUGCUGGUUGAGGAGCCUAUGCAGGGGGAGGAAGUAAUGUCGGAGCGACAGGAGAGUGCAUUGGUUGAGCUUAUGGUCUGCACAAUCCGACAGGCUGCUGAAGCACACCCUCCUGUGGGCAGAGGAACUGGCAAAAGGGUGUUAACGGCGAAGGAAAGAAAAACUCAACUAGAUGAUAAGACUAAGCUGACCGAACAUUUCAUUGUUGCACUUCCAGUACUGCUUUCUAAGUAUUCCGCUGAUGCAGAGAAAGUGGCAAACCUUCUACAGAUCCCUCAGUAUUUUGAUUUAGAACUCUACAGCACUGGUAGAAUGGAAAAGCACCUAGACAGCCUGCUCAAGCAAAUUAGAUUUGUGGUGGAAAAGCACAUAGAGUCUGAUGUGUUGGAAGCCUGCAGUAAAACCUACAGCAUUCUGUGUAGCGAGGAGUACACGAUUCAGAACCGUGUUGAAAUUGCACACAGCCAACUGAUUGAUGAGCUUGCUGAUCGAUUCUCGCAUGCUGUAGAGGAACUGCUACAGGAGGCAGAGGAAGCAGACGAAGAUGAGAUCUACAAUGUGAUGGCCUCGUUAAAACGCUUAACAUGCUUUCAUAAUGCUCAUGAUCUGACCAAGUGGGACUUUUUUGGAAACUGUUACCGAUUGCUAAGGGCUGGAAUUGAGCAUGAAGGGAUGAUGGAGCAGAUUGUUGUGCAAGCUCUUCAGUGUUCACACUACUCAAUUCUCUGGCAGCUGGUGAAGAUCACAGAGGGCAACCCUUCCAAAGAGGAAAUGCUGGCAUUGAGAAAGACUGUAAAAUCGUUCUUAGCAGUUUGUCAGCAGUGUCUCUCAAGCAUGACUACACUCGUAAAAGAACAGGCCUUUAUGCUGCUCUGUGAUCUACUUAUGAUAUUUAGCCAUCAGUUAACAACAGGAGGCAGAGAGAACCUGCUGCUGCUUGUUUUUAAUCCAGAUGUGGGACUACAAUCUGAGCUGCUCAGUUUUGUCAUGGAUCAUGUCUUUAUUGACCAAGAUGAUGAAAACCAGAGCAUGGAGGGAGAUGAGGAGGAUGAAGCCAAUAAAAUUGAGGCAUUGCACAAAAGAAGAAACCUGCUUGCGUCUUUCUGUAAACUUAUCAUCUAUGAUAUUGUAGAUAUGAAUGCUGCUGCAGAUAUCUUCAAGCACUACAUGAAGUAUUACAAUGACUAUGGGGACAUUAUUAAAGAAACACUAAGCAAAACAAGGCAGAUGGACAAAAUACAAUGUGCAAAGACCCUCAUUCUAAGCUUGCAGCAGCUGUUCAAUGAACUGGUCCAGGAGCAAGGCCCCAAUCUAGACAGGACAUCUGCACAUGUCAGUGGCAUUAAAGAGCUGGCCCGAAGGUUUGCACUCACAUUUGGUUUGGAUCAGAUUAAAACAAGAGAGGCAGUGGCCACAUUGCAUAAAGAUGGAAUUGAGUUUGCCUUUAAAUACCAAAAUCCAAAAGGACCGGAGUACCCCCCUCUUAACUUAGCCUUCCUGGAGGUGUUGAGUGAGUUUUCCUCUAAACUCUUGCGGCAGGACAAGAAGACUGUACAUUCGUACCUGGAAAAGUUCCUUACUGAUCUAAUGAUGGAGAGAAGGGAAGAUGUUUGGCUUCCUCUCAUCUCCUACAGAAACUCAUUGGUUACGGGUGGAGACGAGGACAGACUGUCUGUGAAUAGUGGAGGAAGUAACAGCAAAGGUUCUUCAGUAAGAAGUAAGAAAGGCCGACCUCCCCUACAUAAGAAAAGAGUCAUAGAAGAGGAAAGUAUUGACAACUCCUGGGUGACCAGGAAUGAUACAAUCCAGACUCCAGGCACCCUCACUACACCACAGCUCACUUCAACUGUUCUGAGAGAAAAUCCUCGUCAAAUACCAGAACAGAUCCCUGAACAGGAGUCAGAACCCAGCUCAGAACCAGACUUUUUGCAUAGUCCUCAAAUGCAAAUGUCCUGGUUGGGCCAACAAAAAUUAGAAGACUUAAAUCGAAAGGAUAGAACGUCUAUGAGUUACAUGAAAGUUAGGAGCGGUGUACGGCAUGCAGUCCGUGGUCUAAUGGAGGAUGACGCAGAACCAAUUUUUGAAGAUGUUAUGAUGUCAUCGCGAGGGCAGUUAGAAGAUAUGAAUGAAGAGUUUGAGGACACAAUGGUUAUUGAUCUUCCUCCUUCAAGAAACAGGCGGGAGAGAGCAGAGCUCCGGCCAGAUUUCUUUGAUUCAGCAGCCAUCAUUGAAGAUGAUUCAGGAUUUGGGAUGCCAAUGUUCUGAGUUUUGGUACCUACCAUGGAACUCUUGUCAAAAGGCCUGUAUACUGUGAGCUUCUGCGAGGAACUUUUUUUUUUUUUUUCUUUUUGUUCAAACCAAAUGCUUUCGGUAAUGACGGAUUUUGGCCUGGGAACUGUCCUGUGUCUUGAAGGAAUUCAAUAAUGCCAUCUUUUUGGAUUAGUAUUGGUAGAUCUAAGCUGCAAAUAUCAGUUUGCAUUUCUACGACUGCCUUGAAAGGAAGCAAAAUGAUAAUAACUAAAAAAAGAAAAACCCCUGGAAAAAACGAAGCCUGUUUUCUGGACAAGUUGUCAUUGUGACACCUUUUAUCUCUUCAUUUCUACUGUAAAAGUAAACAUUUCACAUUUUUUCUUUUUUUUUUUUUUCCCCCCCGAUCCAAAGUUUUUCUUUUUUUUUAAUUUUACAUUAAACUCGUGUUAAAUAACAGGCAUGGAGGAUGCUGCCUUUGGCCCCACUUUAUGGAAAAGAACAAGAACAGACUUUGGAAAUGCACUGGAAUAAAAUAUUAAAAGACAAUGCAAAUGAACGGAAGCCAUUUUGUGUCACCUGUCUCAAAAAAAAAAAAAAAACCUUAUUGGAACUUGAUCCCAUUACAGAGACAGCAGAGACCAAGACACAGAUAUCACCCUUAUACAUAAAUCUUUGUAUUUAAUUUUUGACAGAUGGUUUUGUAUUUUAAAUCCACAUACCGUCUCCACUACAGAAUUGUAACUGCAAUGAAUUGCUGUACAGAAAAAGGAUACGUAGUUUUUUUCCUCCCAUUGGUACUGUCCGUUUUUACACCAAUACCAGCAAAUUAAUGACGGGCAGCAGAAUCUCACUCAUUCAUCACUUACAGUUCACAAAGUUCAUUUCUUUUCAGACUGUUUUUUCUUUUGUUUGUUUGUUUUGUCACUUUUUUAUAUUCUAAAGUUCAACACAGCCGUGCAUAUUUUAAAAAUGAAUAAAGGAAUCUUAUAAUAGUGGGACUUAACAGAGUCUACUCUCCAUGCAGUAAUAUUCAACAGUAAUAUUUUUGUAAAAAUAAACCAAUUUUAAACUGUUUUACUGUUACCUAUAGAAAAAAAAAGUGCUUGAAUGGGUCAAUUUUUUCCCCUCAUGUCAAUGUUGAUAGUAAUGGCAUUUUCAGUGUUAACUGACUUUGACUCGUUUAAGGGAAAAGUUUUUUUUUCUUUUUCCAGCACAAUAAAUCCCUGUUUAACUGC